UCGUAUAAACCAUUAUAUUAGGGCUUAUUGUAAAAGGUGCCAACACUGGAUGGAACCACUGGAGGAGUUAGCACCUGGGCCUGGUGACAGCUGGGAAGCAAGACACUCCCCCGACAGACGGCGUGCAGGUUCUGCAAGAUCCAGAGAUGCUCUGAGCACAUGGGGCUUUCCGGUGGCUUCUGCCCUUUGAUUAUGGUGAUAUGCAGACAGCACCACAUGUGCGCACCUGCCCUUUGUGCUUGAUCAGGGCACAUUUGAGGACCUUAUGGCAGAAGACGGAAGGCAAUUGACGCCACUCGCCUCUGCACUAGAUGCAUCUUGCAUGCGGACUGCACUGCUGUUCAAGAAGCCGCACGCUUCCUUCUUUUGCAAAUCAUCUGUCCCAUUAGGUCAUGUGCCCCAGCAGAAGGACUGCUCCUCUAGUGGACGUCGCAGCCCGACAGCCCUCAUCCAGAUCGUUGCCGCUUGCCAGCGACAGCAGGAGGCCAAGAAAAGCAGUGUCUUGGAUCCUCUGUCUUUGGAUCUUAGCCUGUGGAACCCUCUGCACAUCUGAGAGCAAUCUGUGGCCUUUCUUAGCCACGACACAGCCCCGCUCAGCAAAGAUGCUGGAGGGCUCAAAGAGAGAUCGGCUGCGGAAGCUUCUAUGGUUGGUGCUGCUAGCCAAUAUCUUCUGCUCUGGAACCAAGGCAUCCUUGAGGCAGAAGGCCCUGGACCUGAUGAUGCAAGCCCCGUUAAUUGAUGGGCACAACGAUCUGCCGCUAAAGCUCAGAUGGCUGUACAAAAACAGACUGAGCAGCAUCAACUUGCGGACACUCAACACAACACACACGAACAUCCGGAAGCUCCAGGCAGGCCAUGUGGGUGCUCAGUUCUGGUCAGUGUAUGUUCUCUGCGGAGCACAAAACAAAGAUGCUGUACGUUUGACAUUGGAACAAAUUGACCUUGUGAAGCGGAUGUGCAAUGCCUAUGAAGAAUUUGAACUGGUGACUUCUUCCCAAGGGAUCGCUGAUGUGCGGAGCAACAAGAUAGCCUGCUUGAUCGGCAUCGAAGGGGGACACUCCAUCGACAGCAGUCUUGCGACUCUGAGGAUGUUUUAUGACCUGGGGGUUCGGUACAUGACGCUGACGCACAGCUGCAACACCCCCUGGGCAGAAACUUCAUCAGGGCAAGUCCAUAAUUUUUACCCCAGCACUGUGGGCUUGAGCACUUUUGGAGAAGAAGUGGUGAAGGAGAUGAAUCGCCUGGGUAUGAUGAUAGACUUAUCACACACCUCGGAUGCCACGGCAAGGGCUGCUCUCAGCAUCUCCAAAGCACCGGUCAUUUUCAGCCAUUCCUCAGCAUUCUCCGUCUGCAACCAUGCAAGGAAUGUUCCAGAUGAUAUUCUGCGAAGUCUAAAACAGAAUAGAGGGAUUAUAAUGGUGACGUUCCCAGCUAAGUUUUUGGCCUGCAAAAACCAAGCCGUCAACAUUUCAACUGUUGCAGGUCACUUUGACCACAUAAAGAAAAUUGCAGGUUCAAGUUCGAUAGGAAUUGGCAGUGACUACGAUGGAGAAAAACAAUUCCCCGAAGGACUGGAGGAUGUUUCUAAAUACCCAGCCUUGAUUGCAGAACUGCUGCGGAGAGGUUGGAGUGAGGAAGAACUGAAAGGCAUCCUGAGAGAAAACUUCCUUCGUGUCUUCCGGGAGGUGGAAAAGGUGCGGAAUGAGAGUCUGUUGCAGAACGCAAGCGAAGUGGAAAUACCUCCGGAAACAGUCAGGCACGCCUGUCGCUUGGAGCUGCGGCCCCCCGUUCGUCCGACAAACAAUUCUGAAAGGCUGCUUUCCGGGGGGAUGGCAAACAGCCUAGUAGUUAUCACUGUGGUGUACUUUACACUGUGCUGAGAUCAUUUCGGGGCACCAACAAUGACCUGGCCCAGCCUUCCUGUGGACCUCCGGCAUGGAGCGUAAGACUCCAUGUAGAAGCGUUCUUGUCUUCUCCUUCAUCUCUGUGCGCGAAGAAACGCCAAGCGCCUGGCAGCCAGAGGAUGCUCACCAAAGGGGCUGCUCUCACAUACCUCAGCAGCAGCUCAAUCUGAUGCGUGUCUCUGCUGUCAAGUUCAAGUAGACUUACUCCUGCCUUAGGCUGUGAUCUUAGCUACUUUCACCUGGGCAGAAGUAGUUCCCGCUGAACUUCGUGAGACUUCCUUCUGGGCAGACAUGACUAGGGCUCCGCUGUUACUUGCCCUCUGAAUAAGCCACUUGGGGGCAAGCUGCUCUCUGAGAAAAAGGCUUUGAUGUGCUUCAGAUCUCCCUUGUCUGGCCCAGCCGGGAAGAUCACCUGAUGUUCUUCUGAAAGUGAACUUAGUUGCGUAAACCAGCCAGAUUCACUCUUCAGUCAAAAGUGAGGAAUCCUGAAUUAUGUAGAGAGCAGAACUUUUCUCCCCACUGUUUUCCAGGACCUCUUUGUAGGACGCCAAGGUUGCAGUGAAGCCCUUAGGACAAUCUUGCCUGUCACUGGCUUUUGGUGAGGACCAAAACAACAAACCAUGAAGAGUCAUGGAUCCUGUUCAGUGAACAGCCUGAGGCACAUGCAGGAACCCCUGGGCCACAGCGUGGCUUCCAAGGACAAGCACCAGCUCAGGGGUGCCAGAGCUUUCGCUGCCUUCUCCCCAGACCACACCCUGCACUGAGGAUGAGCCUGUUGUCCCACUCCCUUCACUGGGCACCCAUCACACACUCCAUCGCCUGGAAGGGGAAGUUGUGCAGUGGGCAGACUUCCCCACACACAGGGGCUUCUGCUGUGGUUUGGAGCCCCACCUUCCCAUGGGUGGGGACGGGAGAAGUGAUGCAACAGAAUGGGCGGAACGAGCGGGCGCGUCCCUGGGUGGGGGGCAGAGCAGUGGGAAAGGACCACAAUCAGGGAGGCCUUCCCACCACGCCGAGCGUCCAAAACCAGCUCUGCAUGGAGAGCAAACGGGAAGCGAGGGAGAAAUCAACAGGAGGAAGAUGACUGAUAGAGGUUACUACAAUUGAUUUUUGGUCUAAGAAACUGUCACGGGCUAGGGAUGGACACAAUUUUACCAGGACCAUAGUCUGAUGGUGUGUGUGUGUGUGUGUGUGUGUGUGUUUUCCAUCUGUUCAGCCUGAACAUUUCUUCCCUUCCCUUCCCUUUUCUUUUUUUAAAAAUGUAUUUUAUAGCUAAAGCUCUCUGGGCAAAGGCGAAAAUCCUUUAAAAGAUAGCAGAUGUCAUAGCAGAAAACCACGGACACGCAGAACUAUGAAAACCAUUUUAAACCAUCGACAAUGAGCAUUUCAGGACCUGCUGAAAGGCAGCAUUAGAUGCCGUCAAGGAUCUGGGAGUCAGAGGUGGUCUUUAAAUUCGCACCAAAGAGAGGGCACCUGAUUCAUUUCACUGGGGAAAACGAUCCCCAGUCAGGGAGCUAGAGGCAGCCCUGAGAAGGCCCCCUUCCCUGUUGCCAUCCUCAGCACUUCCCUCACUGGAGGCACGGAAGCAGACUAGGUAUUAGCAGGAAGGCACUAUCUGCAUUACUUUCUGCUCACCAAGGAAAGGGCUCGCCCACGGCAGCCUCUGCAGCUGCGUUCCCCCAGGCAGCAGGGCACCUGGAAGCGCUGGGGGCAGACAAGGGCUGAGCGGGGCAGGGAAGGGCCAAGUGGAGGCAACACGGCUGGCUACCCUGGUCUGCUAAUGUUCCAAUGGAUCUGUGAGGGUGCAGAGAUGUGGGGGAUGCAUCCGGCUUCCCCUUUGCCCGUCCCCACCUGCCACUUGAGGUUCUCCCCACCGUGCGCUGCAGGUGAGAAGGUGCUUCCCCCUAGGUCUACCUGGGUGUCAACACAGCUCAGCUGAGCGAGGGGGGCCUGUCGCACCUGCCCAACGUUCCAGUUGGGCACCCCAGCAGCUGUUAUGCCUCCUCUGCCCCUCUGCGUUCCUCGCAAUCUCCCCUAGGAAAGAGCAGGAAGAGUGAGGGGGUCAUUCAGACCCACCAAGUAUCUUUCAGAAAGUUUCAGAGAGAGGUAGAACCUCUUGACACCUGGGCCAACCAUUUGAGGGUAAGGCUCCUGCUUUUUUCUUACCUUUUCCAUACGGUGGGGUCUGUUAGAAAAUUAGAAUCAUAGAAUAGUAGAGUUGGA